AAGAACACUCAACAAGAACAAGAAUUUUAAAAGUUGGCUGAUGUAAUUGGUGCAAAUAAUUUCCAUUAUCUGCAUCGUGGCAGGUGUUAUUCCUAUAAAGCUUGUUUUUAUAAAAUCAUUAUCAUUCGCAAAAAGCCCUCGUCCGCGACUAUACAGAGGCGGAAAAAGAAACACCGGUAUAAAUUGAAUUCAACUUAACCAUUUAUUAUAAAAUACUUAAAAAACAAACGAUGUGUGGAAUAUUUGCUAUAUUCUCCAAAAACGGAGAACCCAUUUUACCAAGAAAAUUCAACACUCGACCUGAAAGUCUGCGCCAAGUUGCCACUCGACAAAGUCAAAAACAACGCCAUCGCGGUCCCGAUUUUACCGGAGUCGAAAUCAUUCAAGAUCAUGGCGUUGCUUUGGUCCAUGAAAGAGUCUGCAUUGUCGGUGUCCAUACCGGCCAUCAACCAUUCAGAUCCCAAGAUGGAACUGUUUUCAUGAUUGCCAAUGGCGAAAUCUACAAUUAUUUAGAGCAAGCGGCUGAAAUUGCCAAGAAACGAGGAUCCUAUCAGCCAAAGAGUGAUUGCAAUGUCAUUAUUGAACUCUACGAAGAAUACGGAGAAAAUCUAUUUGAAUACGUUACUGGAAUGUUUGCCAUUGCUUUGUACGAUACCAAAACAAAAACCAUUCUUUUAGCUCGUGACCCAUUCGGUAUUAUAUCCAUGUACUAUGGAGAAGAUGAAUAUGGUAACAUUUGGGUCUCGAGCGAAAUGAAAUGUUUGGUUGGGGUUUGUCGAAAGAUUGAGAACUUCCCUCCAGGGGUUAUGCGAUUCGGCAAAGCCGGAGCUCUUAAAGAUAAAAAGUUCUUCCAACAAAGUUGGCAGACAAGCAUUCCAAGAGAUCCCACUGAUUUGUCAGUUUUACGACAAACUUUUAUCUCGGCUGUAAGAAGUCAUCUUCAUUGUGAUUGUCUCUAUGGAGCUCUUCUGUCGGGUGGGGUUGAUUCUAGUCUUGUUGCAUCGAUUGCCACGAAGAUUAUUCGUGAAACCGAUCCCAGUUUUCGAUUGAAGACAUUCUCUGUUGGACUUGAGGGUGCUCCUGACUUCAAGUAUAGUAGAAUGGUGGCAGAUUAUAUAGACAGUGAUCAUACUGACGUUUUCUUUACAAUUGAACAAGGUAUUGAUUGUAUUAGAGACAUCAUUUUUCAUCUCGAGACAUAUGACGUGACAACAGUACGUUGUAGUAUUCCUAUGCUCUUGCUGACGCGUUACAUCAAAAGUACUGGCAUCAAGAUGAUUCUAUCGGGUGAAGGAGCCGAUGAGAUUUUUGGCGGGUAUUUAUACUUUUUCAAUGCUCCUGAUAAGGAGCAAUUCCAUCAAGAACUCGUGACUCGAGUAAUGAAUUUAUGCAUGUCGGAUUGUUUGAGAGCAAACAAGGUAUCCCUGGCCAAAGGUGUUGAACUUCGAGUUCCAUUCUUGGACACCGAAUUUGUCAAUUAUGCCAUGUCUAUUCGGCCGGAAGAUAAAAUACCCGGCAAGUUGAACUCCUUCGAAGGUGUUCAAGCGCAUCGAAUUGAAAAGCAUAUUCUACGCAAAGCUUUCGGUGAAGGCUAUUUGCCUGAUGAGGUUCUCUGGCGUCAAAAAGAACAAUUCUCCGAUGGAGUUGGUUAUAACUGGAUCGAUACGAUUCGUGGACAUGCAUCUUCUCAAAUAAACGAUGAUGAAUUUGCCAAGGCAGCUGAAUUGUUUCCAAUCAAUACACCCACUACUAAAGAGGCAUUUUACUAUAGAGAAAUUUUCGAAGAACUAUUUCCUGGUGAUGAUGCUGCAAAAACUGUUAAACGAUGGGUGCCACGUCAAGAUUGGGGAUGUCCGGAAGAUCCAUCUGGUAGAGCUCAGGCAAUGCAUGCAAAGACAACUGAAGACAAGAAAUAGAAUUCUAUCUCAUUCAUGUUCCUUAUACAUAUUUAUACUUUUAAAGUACAAAUCUCAUUUACAGCUUUACUAUACUCAUAGAAUAUUCAUGUUUUUAUAGAAAAUGUUUGUUAAGUUUAAGAAAAUUAAAAAAUGCUAUAGAUUCCUUCAAAAUUUGUAGAAAGAAAAAAUAAUAAUAAAAACAUUUGUUAAGUACCUUAGAAAUGGGUAAAAAACAUAACAAUAAAACUCAAAUAUUUAUGUGAAAUUA